AGGAACAGUCACUUCACUAAAAGCAGAAACACACUGCAGUUGGCUAGUGAGGACAGACUAUUCCUUUUUCUCUUUGAUGGAGAAUUGAAUGAUUUACAGAAAACUAUACAAACUUUCAAACUGAAUAUUUUAUUUCGACUUGCUCACUGCUUUUUCAGUCGGUUUUGAGAAAGUGCGUUAUGUCCAGAGUUACCAAUCUGUCAAAACUGCGUCAGGAGAGGAUGCGGGAGAUCAACCUGCGGAAUAAAGAGCGAGAGCGCAUGAGGGAGCGAGAGAAAGCUGCAAGGGAGAGUGUGGUGCUCAAGCCCAAUGGUCACCUUUUUACAUCUCUGACAGUGUCAGGAACCACACUCUGCUCAGCAUGCAACAAGAGCAUCACUGCAAAGGAGGCUCUCUGCUGCCCUACAUGCAGUGCCACUAUCCACAACCGAUGUCGAGAUACUUUGCCAAACUGUGCCAAAAUGAAACAGAGGCAACAGAAGACGGCCCUGAUGAAGAACAAUGUUCCACUGCGUGCAAAAACUCAAGGAAUGCGAGAACGUCCAACUUCAGCUAUUUACCCCUCUGAAAGCUUCCGACAAUCUCUGCUCAGAUCACGCCGUGGCCGCUCUCACCUAUCCCUGUCCAAGAGUGUCUCCACCAACAACAUCGUAGGGUCGCUGAAUGAUGAUGCUCCCCUGGGACUACGCAGAAUUCUCUCCCAGUCAACAGACUCCCUCAGCUUCAGAAACAGAACGAUGUCGAUGGAGUCGCUCAAUGAUGACGGAGAACUGUACUACGCCUCAGUCCUGGAGGAGAUCGAGCUUGAGGGCCAGGACUUUAAGGCUGACUCGUGGAGCAUGGCUGUGGAUAGCAGUUACUUACAGACACAUCGCAAAAAUGUUAUCAAGAGGCAGGAUGUCAUCUAUGAGCUGAUCCAUACAGAGCUGCACCACAUGCAGACACUGCAGAUCAUGGAGAGGGUGUUUCGACAGGGCAUGCUGGAGGAGCUUCAGUUAGAGCCCAGCACCGUGCAUGCUAUGUUUCCCUGCCUGGACCAGCUCAUCAAGAUACAUUCCCAGUUUCUGGCACAACUUCUCCUACGGCGCAAGAACAGCCUGCAGCCUGGAUCCAACCACAAUUACACCAUUCAUCAGCUGGGGGAUAUUCUAGUAGAGCAGUUCUCAGGCCAGUCUGCAGAUGACAUGCAGAAGACUUAUGCUGAGUUCUGUAGCCGACACUUAAAGGCUGUCAAAUUAUACAAGGAGCUGCUCGCUAAAGACAAGAAGUUCCAGUUCUUCAUACGGCAGCAGGUGAGUCGAGGACCCUUGCUACGUUGCCAUGGUGUUCAAGAGUGCAUCUUAUUGGUGACUCAGCGGAUGUUCAAGUAUCCUGCACUUAUUCAGCGCAUUCUGGACAACACAACAGAUGAUGAAGAAGAAGCUUCCUCUGUGGCCCAGGCUCUGCUGAUGAUCAGAGAACUGCUUAGUUCAAUAGACCAACAGAUGGACGAUCUGGAGAAAACGCAGCGGCUUCAGGAAAUCCAUGCCAAGCUUGACCCAAGGGCUGAGGCCAUAGUACGGGAUGGAGGAAUAUUUAAAGCUGGAGAGUUACUCCGAAGGAGACUUAUCCGUGAAGGGACCCUUUUCUGGAAAACUCCAGGAUCACGACUCAAAGAUAUACAGGUCUUACUGAUGUCUGACAUCCUGGUGUUUCUGCAGGAGAAGGACCAGAGGUGCAUCUUUCCAUCUAUGGACAAGCCUCCAGUACUGUCCCUUCAGAACCUAAUAGUAAGGGACAUAGCCAAUCAGGAGCGAGGCAUGUAUCUGAUUAGUGAUUCCACCCCUCCUGAGAUGUACGAGUUUUAUGCUGCCUCCAAGGAUGACAAGAACAUCUGGAUACGCCAUGUACAGCACGCUGUCAGCAAGUGUCCAUCAAGAGAGGAGUUUCCCCUGAUAGAGUCGGAACACAAGGCUCACCUGAGGAGGCUCAAAGCUGACCUGCAGCACAAGGACCAGGAGAUGCUGGAGCUCCUGCAGGAAAGAGUGACUUUAUUCUGUGAACUGGCAGAGGUGACAAGUGGCCAGGAGAGCCUGCAGCCUCCCAUCACUCGCUACUUGUUUAGGGCUGACACACCACAAGCUCCUCGUGCUGAAAAACUAUUACUGGAUGCCACAUCUGAGGUGGACAGGCUGAGUGAACUCCUUCUGGGCUUCAGCAUGGACACCCGCCUUUUGUGCCAUCACAGCCACAUGGAGGUGGUAGACUGUAGUGACCAAGAGCUGUUGGUCAAUGGAGCCCAGCAUUUUAUUGCAGCAAAGGAAUGCACGAAGCGACAAGACAAGUCACCGCUAAUGGAGAUCUGCCAAAGGCUGGUGAAUCUCAGCGUUUAUCUUCAUGCACUCCAGGGUGCUGUUAUUAAGCAAGACUCAAUCUUGGAGCUGUUACUGCAGCAGCAGGGCACCAUGUCCCCAAGUGAAGUAUGGCGCCCUCUGUUGCGAGAUGGAGGCCAUCGGGAAGCCACUGUAUUGUCAACCAUAGGAGAACUGGCGCUUCUGCAGAGACAACACAGCCUGCUGCAGGAAGAGCUGCUGAGACUGAGGGAUGCAGAAAAUCGGUUCAAAGACAGCGAGAGGGCCCGGGCUGAGCUAGAGAGGCAGGUCCGACAAAUGAAAGCCACCAGUGGGGUUGCACCUGCUUCACAGCGGUAUGGAGAACAGGCCUCUCAGAUGUCUAAGCCUUUGUCAAUGCAGUCAGAAACAGAGAUGUCUGGAGUUUAUAACAUGCAAGCCAACCAAGAUUCUGUUCACCAGUCAAGCCUGCAGCAAGUCAUUGACCUAGAGGUAUAUGUGACGUCAGAUGAUGAUGACGAUGGGACUGCAUCUGAAAGCUCCAAAGAUCUUCACGAUAUUCCAGAGGAGAUCUGAUCCUGGCAUGUUUUCAUUCUGCUAAUGACUGUAUGAAUAUAUUUGCUCAUCUGAAGUCUUGAUAUUUUUGAUCUGCUUUGUUUUUGAGUAGUUUGUGUUGACGUGGCAGUGAGUUUUACAUUUAAUCACACGUUGCAUGAUAAACUUACAAGUAUUACAACUACUAAUGUCUUAAUGAAAUUUAUCAACACUUUACCCAAAGCUCUUGGACUUGGAAAAAACACAAAAUAUAAAAUAAAAUUAAAAAAACAACUAUAACUUAAACAUUUUACAAAAUCAAUACUAACCAUCAAACGGUCUGACAGCGACUGCAUCAUUUCACCUGCUUUUUCCAUCAGUAAGCUGUUGAUAUAUUAAAGUUUUAAAGUUCAUGCUUUAGGUGCUGGCAAAUGAUGGGCUUCGAUUGUAGAUACACUGCACUGUUUGUUCGAAUGUUGUGUUGAAAUUCUUGACGUGAUACUUCAGCCUACAGUUUGAUCCCUACUGUGACCAACAGCAAAGGGAGGAUGCAGCACAUACAUGUUCUGGUUUUUCAUGUUCUGUGUGUCAGUCUAUCUUCUGUUGCUCUGUAUUAUCUGCAGUAUUGUUCUUUCAUUAAUUACUAACCCGUGUGCCUAAUUGUUGUAGUACUUUGAUGACGACACAGUUGUAUGCAAAAAGUACUUGUCUCACAUAUUAACUACUAAGUAACUAGAUCAGUGUUGAACUUUUUCUAGCAGGUAUCUCAACUCUAAAUCAGCGCUCCCCAACCCCCGGGCCACGGACCGGUCCGUGAGUCGUUCGGUACCGGGCU